AUGGCAUCAGUAACCUUACAGAUGAUCCUCUCAUUUGUUUCCGUAGUCCUGUUUGUUAUGUUGUCGUCUUCACCCUAUGUUGUUUCUGCUUCUGCUGAAGAAGCCAAGGCUCUCCUGAAUUGGAAAGCCAGCCUUCAACUCCAUAACAAUUCCAUGCUAACUUCAUGGUCUCUUCCCUCUAACAAUGGUACCUAUUCUUCUAGCCACCGAAUGACAAGUACCGGACCAUGCACUUGGUUUGGAAUUUCUUGCAAUAUUGAUGGAAGCGUCAUGAGAUUGAACCUCACAAAUUCUAGUGUAAAAGGUACGCUUUAUGCUUUCCCAUUCUCGUCUCUCCCCAAUCUUGCAUAUAUUGAUCUCAGUAUGAAUGAACUUUUCGGUACCAUCCCACCUCAAAUUGGUAAACUCUCCAAGCUCAUCUAUCUUGAUUUGUCCAUCAAUCAGUUUUCGGGAGCAAUCCCACGAAAAGUUGGCCUGCUGAGGUAUAUUGAGGUUCUCCACAUAUUUCAAAAUAUGUUAAAUGGCUCAAUUCCUCAAGAAAUAGGCCAGCUAAAGUCUCUUUAUGAGCUUGCUUUGUGUUCGAACAAUCUUGAUGGCUCCAUUCCUGCUUCUUUGGGCGGUUUGAGCAACUUGGCUAUUUUAUAUCUCUAUGGUAAUGAACUUUCUGGUUCCAUUCCCUCACAAAUGGGACAUAUCCACCAACCUUCUAAUGGGUCCCAUCCCUUCAACUUUCAAGAAUUUGAGAAAGCUAAAAGUGCUGUAUCUGUUCAACAAUCUACUAUCUGGUCCCAUCCCCCCAGAGAUAGGAAACUUGAAAUUGCUUGA